UUAAUUUCCUCCCUUUUUAGCUUGCAAAACUAAUGUCAGAAUUAGAAAGCUUCCCUGGCUCAUUCCCUGGAAGGCGUUCCCUACCAGGCUCUCGUUCACAAUCAAAGACGCCCCGAGGGCGCACAUUCCCAGGUGGUGCUUCCAGGAGAAACUCUGACCAGAGAGCUCGACCUCUUACCAGGUCACGGUCCCGGGUGCUUGGGUCCCUUAGCGCCCUACCCGAAGAGGAGGAGGAGGAGGAGGAAGAUAAAUUCGUGUUGGUGAGAAAGAGGAAGGCCGUGGAUGGCUGUGUGAACGAAGGUGACAUGCGCAGAAGUCGUCGCCCCGGAUCCAUGAGCCUCCCACAUGUAAUUCGUCCGGUGGGCGAAAUUACAGAGGAAGAGCUGGAGAACAUCUGCAAUAACUCUAGAGAGAAGAUAUAUAACCGUUCAUUGGGAUCCACUUGUCAUCAGUGCCGCCAGAAAACAAUCGAUACCAAAACAAACUGCAGAAACCCAGAGUGCUGGGGCGUUCGAGGCCAGUUCUGUGGUCCCUGCCUUCGGAACCGUUACGGUGAAGAGGUCAAGGAUGCUCUGCUAGAUCCAAACUGGCAUUGCCCACCUUGUCGUAGAAUCUGCAACUGCAGUUUCUGUCGACAGCGAGAUGGGCGGUGUGCAACUGGGGUCCUUGUGUAUUUAGCCAAAUACCAUGGCUUUGGGAAUGUGCAUGCUUACUUGAAAAGUCUAAAACAGGAAUUUGAAAUGCAAGCAUAGUAUUUGGAAGAUCCA